AUGGGCAGCCUAGGUUUGGCAUUGGAAAGGGAUAAGCCUUGUAAAGUAAAGAUCGUUGAAUUUAAAAGAAAUCAGUUUCUUGAUGCAAGCAUGUGUGGUUCCAAGUUACAUAAUUGUGAUCUUUUUUCCUUCACAGGCUGGAUGCCUGCCAUAAUAUUAUCUACAUCCAUCGCCUGGUCGAUAUUUCAUCCAUCUUCAUGCGAUUCAUGUUUUACUCAGGGAACAAGUGAUCCUUACGUGGUAUUGCAAUUAGAGUGUCAGGUAGUCAAAAGCAAGGUCAAAUGGGGGACAAAAGAGCCCACAUGGAACGAGGAGUUUACUUUAAAUAUCAAGCAACAACCAGCACAGAAUCUUCAGGUAGCAGCUUGGGAUGCAAAUCUUGUGACUCCGCACAAGCGCAUGGGAAAUACUGCUAUAGAUUUGGAAAACCUCUGUGAUGGAAAUUUACAUGAAGUGCUGCUUGAUCUAGAAGGGAUGGGAGGUGGUGGAAAGAUACAGCUAGAGAUUAAGUACAAGAGUUUUGAGAAAAUUGAGGAGGAAAAGAAGUGGUGGAGGAUCCCUAUUGUGACAGAGUUUUUUGAAAAAAAUGCCCUUGAACCUGCACUGAAGAUGAUUGUUGGGUCAGAAACUGUGCAAGCACGCCAGUUUGUGCAGUUCGCUUUUGGGCAGAUGAAGUCACUUAAUGAUUCAUAUCUUCAGAAGGAUUGGUUUUCUAAUGACAAAGAUGAGACCGAAAAUUCCAGUGUCAAGCCUUCAAAGCUGGAGAAUAAUUUAGAGGCCUCUUCAAAUGAGACAAGCCAAAAGGAAGGCAAUGAUAGGUCUGAGCCUGACCCAGCUAGUAAUUCGACGGCUGAUUUAUGUAAUUUCUCUCCAGUAGAUCAAGUUGACGAGGCUUCACAUUCGGAUAAACAUUUUUGGAAGAACUUAGCUGAUUUGGUCAAUCGAAAUGUUGCCCAAAAACUUGGUCUCCCUGCUGCUGAGAAAAUGAAGUGGGAUCGAUUUGAGUUGCUAAACAGUAUUGGCUUGCAGUCGCGAAAAAUUGCAGAGGUGGGCUAUGUCGAGUCUGGGCUUGCAACUCCAGAUAAUCAGGACGCAGCAAAUGGCGAUACAUCAUCUGGCCUAAUACCCAAUAACAUUUUUCAGACAUCUCUAGUGGACAUUAAGAAAGCAACACAAGAUAUAUUACGACAAACUGAUUCCAUAUUAGGAACGUUGAUGGUUUUAAAUGCUGCAGUUUCUAAAUCAAACAAAGAUGCCGGUCUUAAAGGGGAGAGUCACACCAACGAUGAUGCUUCUUCUGAAGUGCUAAAAGAUAUCUCGAUAUCUAUGGAGAGCAAAAUAUUAACAAGUCCACGAAAUGGACUAGUGUUAGAUGAGAAGAAAGCUGAGGAGAUGAGGGCACUCUUCUCAACAGCUGAAAGUGCCAUGGAGGCUUGGGCAAUGCUAGGGAAUGCUUUGGGCCACCCAACAUUUAUCAAAUCUGAAUUUGAAAAGAUCUGUUUCUUGGAUAAUGCUUCUACUGACACUCAGGUGGCACUUUGGCGUGAUCCUGAAAGGAGAAGACUUGUUGUUGCUUUUAGAGGAACUGAACAGUCUAGAUGGAAGGAUCUACGAACAGAUUUGAUGCUUGUUCCUGCCGGGCUAAAUCCUGAAAGGAUAGGCGGUGAUUUUAAGCAAGAAGUUCAGGUUCAUAGUGGUUUUUUGAGUGCAUAUGAUUCUGUACGUACAAGGCUGAUCUCGCUCAUUAAGCAGGCUGUUGGUUAUAGAGAUGAUUCGCUGGAGCUUCUUCCCAAAUGGCAUAUUUAUGUGACUGGUCAUAGUUUGGGUGGUGCAUUAGCUACCCUCCUGGCUCUCGAACUAUCAACAAGUCAAUUAGCAAAGCACGGAAAUAUUUCUGUGACCAUGUAUAAUUUUGGAUCUCCUAGAGUUGGAAACAGAAGAUUUGCUGAAGUCUAUAAUGAGAAAGUGAAGGACAGUUGGCGUGUUGUAAAUCAUAGGGACAUAAUACCAACAGUUCCACGGUUGAUGGGCUAUUGCCAUGUAGCUCAACCUGUUUAUUUGGCAGCUGGAGAACUUGAAAACGCAAUGGAAAAUAUGGAUAUUCUGGAAGAUGGAUAUAGAGGUGAUGUUAUUGGAGAAGCGACGCCUGAUGUUCUUGUCAGUGAAUUUAUGAAAGGUGAGAAAGAACUUGUUGAGAAAAUUUUGAACACAGAGAUAAAUAUUUUCCGGUCCAUUAGAGAUGGAAGUGGACUAAUGCAGCAUAUGGAGGAUUUCUAUUACAUUUCACUGCUAGAGAAUGUCAGAUCGAACGUGUCACAACCAGUUGAAGACCAAAAGUUAUCUAUUUAAGAAGGAUGUUCAAAUAUGCCCCAAUAAGUCACAUAAAUCUGCCUUCAUAAAUUCUUGCAUAUGGUUUACCACAUCGGAAAGUGCAGUUUCUUCUACCGAAUAUAAAACUGUCUCAGGUAUCUUAAUUGGAAAUUAUGUUCAAAAGAUCUGCUUCGGUACUGCUUUGAAAAUUGUUGUUACAAAUUAUAUUCAGUGCAUGAGAAAUGUAUAUAUAUUUGUAUACACACACAAUAAAUUUUAUGAUAUUUGUUGAUAUUAAGUUAACAAAAUCUAUCAAUA